AAGGGUGAAUGGAGGCCCGUUGGUGAAGGGUAUAUAACCUGCAAGAAGACACUGCUUGGGCAUCACACUCACCCUCUCUUCAAAGCCAUCAUGAAGUUCGCAGUUGUCUUCCUCGCCCUCUUCGCCCUCACCUUGGCCGAUGACCUCGAGCUCGACCUCGACGAUAUCCACCAUGACCUGAACAUCGAAGGAGCCAACGCCCAGGGAACCUACAGCUGGACCUCCCCCGAGGGCGUCCAGUACUUCGUCAAGUACGUGGCUGACGACGACGGCUACCGCAUCGUCGAGUCCAACGCCGUCCCCGCCAGCGCUGACGGAACUGCUGCUGACGGCCACCAGGGAUCCUUCGUGUCCCUGGAGGAUGUUGACUACGACGACAGGAAGUAAGGAGGCUUCGAAGGACUUCAACGGCGCCGACAGACCGAUUCUUCCCCUCUUGUGAAACGAUACAUUUGCUUGUGAUUUUGUCUUUUAGAUUUUCUUAUUUUUUUUUUCUCUCGUUCUCUCUUGUUCGCUCAUCUCUCUUAUUCUUCUUUCACACGAAAUAUUUAAAUCUCCUUUCUUCACACACUCGUAACGAACACGCCGAGUAUCCAUGUUUUUAAUUUCUUGUUAUUUAGUAGAGUAAGAAAUCUCCACACAACCACGAACAUCUGAACAUCGUAUCGACUAUCUGUCUUUUGUUUCGAGAGCGUCUUGUGCAUUCAGCGCCUCUCCAAAAGGGAUUCAAUCCUGGUUAUUUAUUUCUUUUCGGUGAAACGAUGCUUGUUGAAGCAGGGAGCGUGAUGAUUUAAACUUUAUUUAUUUAUUUUCUUUCUUAGCUGAUCUUCUUCAGCUGUUUAUGUAUCCACCUGUCUCUUUUUAUUUCAUUGUAAAUAAAAUCAACUGUU